UAAAAUAGGCCCACUACAACUUUGGUUUCCCCCAUUUUUCUCUCUCCUCCCUGAAACAACUAAACAGCAGUCUCAAAGUCUCAACUCUUCCACGAACUAGAGAAGAGAGAGAAUAGGAGAGAGAAUUCUUCCAUUGAAGCUCAAAUCACCUCAUCAAUUCUACCAUGUACAGAGCCGCAGCUUCUCGCCUUCGUUCCCUAAACAAGGGGCGUGAAGGCAGCAGGUAUUUGACAAGGUAUGCCAGUUCAAGUGCUGUAUCUGCAAAAACAAACGCUUCAGGGGGGUUAUUCAACUGGUUGGGUGGUAAAUCCCUCCCUCCCCUAGAUUUCCCACUAGAGGGAGUAUCGGUGCUUCCAUCUCUGCCUGAUUACGUGGAGCCGGCGAAAACCAAGAUAACUAGUCUUCCUAAUGGAGUAAAAAUUGCUUCUGAAGCAUCUUCUAACCCUACUGCUUCUAUUGGUUUGUAUAUUGACUCCGGUUCAAUAUAUGAGACACCGCUCUCAUUUGGUGCAACACACCUUUUAGAGCGCAUGGCAUUCAAAACCACAACAAAUCGUAGCCACCUGCGUAUUGUGCGUGAAGUGGAGGCCGUAGGAGGCAAUGUGUGCUCCUCUGCUUCUCGGGAGCAGAUGGGUUACACUUUUGAUGCUUUGAAGACUUAUGUUCCUGAAAUGGUCGAACUUCUUGUAGAUUCUGUUAGGAACCCUGCAUUCUUGGAUUGGGAAAUCAAGGAGACGCUUAAGAAUCUGAAAGGUGAGGUAAAGGAAGCUUCCAACAAUCCCCAAGCAUUGCUUGUUGAGGCAAUUCAUUCUGCCGGUUAUUCUGGUGCCCUUGCACAUUCUCUUAUGGCUCAAGAAUCAACAAUUGGCAGAUUGGAUAGCUCUGCUCUGGAACAAUUUGUUGCUGAGAAUUACACUGCUCCACGUAUGGUACUUGCUGCUUCUGGGGUUGAGCAUGAAGAUCUGUUGUCAAUUGCAGAGCCUCUUCUGUCAGACUUACCUCAUGUACCACGCCCAGAAGAGCCAAAGUCGGUUUACAUUGGCGGGGAUUACCGUUGCCAAGCAGGGUCAGAGGUGACACAUUUUGCACUGGGUUUUGAACUUCCUGGUGGCUGGCAGAAGGAUAAAGAUGCAAUGGUUCUGACUGUUCUUCAGAUGCUUAUGGGAGGUGGCGGGUCCUUCUCAGCUGGUGGUCCUGGAAAAGGAAUGUAUUCACGGUUAUAUCUGAAUGUCCUAAACCAGUAUCCACAAAUCCAAUCUUUCUCUGCCUUCACCAGCAUCUACAAUACUACUGGAAUCUUUGGAAUUCAAGCUACCACCGGAUCUGACUUCAUAGUGAAGGCAUUUGAGAUUGCUGCUAAAGAACUCAUUGCAGUUGCAACACCUGGCCAAGUCUCACAGUUACAGCUCAGUCGUGCUAAAGUGGCUACAAAGUCUGCUAUUCUUAUGAACUUGGAAUCUAGAAUGGUCGCAUCAGAAGACAUUGGUAGGCAGGUUUUGACUUAUGGAGAGAGGAAACCAGUAGAGCAUUUCUUGAAAACUAUAGAUGAAAUCACUGAGAAGGACAUUACUUCCAUCGCGCAAAAGCUCUUAUCUUCUCCCCUUACGAUGGCUUCACAUGGCGAUGUUCUAUACGUUCCAAGCUAUGAUGCAGUAAGUGGCAUUUUCCGUUCACAGUGAAAGUCCACCUAAGGACCUUGGCCAUCCUUCUCUUCUCUGCUCUUCCAUUUCCUGGAUCGACUUCUAGAAGCUUUUACAGGCAAGAGGUAUUUUUUGAAAAUAAAAGGAAAUUGGAGACGAUAAUUUUUUCGUUGUUCUGCAUAUGCAGUUUUGAGGAGCAGAAUUUCCAUGUACUUGUACCGUGCUGGCGGUGCAAGGCAGCCCCUAAGAUAUUUUCAGCAGUUGAUUAUUGAUGUUGUAAAACUUUAGAUCACCUUAAUAUACAAAUUUUUUACUUUUUUGAUAUUUGGCAGUUGAUUGUGCUAGCUUGUAUAACAAACAAAACAUUUGAGCCGGUGUACAAUCGCUAUGGAUCAAUACCUGCUAAAGCGAUGCUAAUAACGCGUAUUUCUUGUUUUUAUGAUGUCCC